AUGGCUGCGUUCCUUUCUCGCCUACCGUCGAUACCGUAUCCGCCCGAACAGGAUGGAUGGUUCUCUCCAGUCACAUCUACCCUCGACUGGUGUGAAGAGAACUAUGUAGUGACACAAUACUCGGCAGAAAUUAUCAACACGCUCACGAAUCUUCUGUUCAUGUACCUGGCAGCCAAAGGUAUACGCAACUGCUUAAAGAAUGGACAUGACACAGUUUUCCUCGUGGCAUUCAUUGGCUACUUGCUCGUUGGGACUGGAAGCUUCCUCUUUCACGCGACACUGAAAUAUCCCAUGCAGCUUGUAGAUGAGCUCUCGAUGAUCUACACAACGUGUUUGAUGAAUUUUGCAACAUUUUCGUAUGGAAAGUCACGGCUCUACUCUACUGUUCUUGCGGUUGGACUGGUGUCUCUCGCCGUCUUCAUUACGCUAUAUUACCAUUACCUCCAGGAUCCAACCUUCCAUCAAAACGCCUACGCGCUCCUCACAGCAAUCGUGCUGUUUCGGGCCAUGUAUGUGAUGGAGGUGAAUAUCCGCCCGCGCUUCCGGUCCAAGGAGAGGGAAGCUGCGAACCCGCGUCCGCAUAGAGGUGUGAAGGCGGUUCAAGAAAGGGAAGACGUGAGGGACCAGGAGAUUCUCAGUACCAUGUGGAAGAUGAUUGCAUUUGGUCUAAGCAUCUUCUUGGGUGGUUUCGCAGUCUGGAGUCUCGAUAACGAGUACUGCUCGAAGUUGAUCCAGUGGAGGAGGGAGAUUGGUAUGCCCUGGGGCUUCGUACUGGAGGGUCAUGGGUGGUGGCAUCUCAUGACGGGAACCGGAGCCUACUACUACAUCGUGUGGGGUGUAUGGCUUCGACAUUGCCUUAACUACAGGCAAGACGAGUAUGAGCUGGACUGGCCCAACUUCUGGACGAUGCCGCAGGUUAUUAAGCGACAAGAAGCGUUGAAUAGAGGUCAUGUGAAUGGCUCUACGAAGAAGGAACUGUAA